CGCCUGAGCGUGUCUAUGGGUGGAGCCAGUGAUACGCUGGCGUGGUCGUGCCUCGUUUUACCGUUCAGCAAACGUACCGACACCAUAAAGUGGGGGAAAUCGAACAAGCAACACCGUGCGACGUCGCAGCGUUCUCGAGCCGGCAUUCGCGCCAACAGAACGGUUUCAACGCGAGGAUGUUGGAAAUGGGCGGUGCUUAUCAGAGGUGGCGCCCUUUGUCGUUGGACCGCGCCACAGGACGCCAUUGUCUGUUGGCGGCGCAGCAUCGUACGGCGUGCGCGACGCAUGCCGACGCCUGACGUCGCGACGCCACUCUCGCACGCAACGCCGUCGCGACCGUCGUCAUCCUUCUGCCUCUUUUCUCUGCCUUCGGCUAGCUGCUUGAAUUUCAGCUCUGAGAGUUCGAAUAAUCUGGGCGUGUGCUUUCGAGGACUUUUCACCAAAAAUGAAGUGUUCAUCGAUACUCUUCUCUUGACAAAUGUGUGCAUUGUCGAUGAAUAGCAUGCUUCCAGCUUUACAAUUACACCGUUGGCCGUUCAAUAUAGGACGAGAAAAACCGGGACACUUUUCAUCCAUGGGUGCCGGUCGUUUUGAAAAAAUGGAUCGUUGAAUGCCCGUAGAUCCUUUUUACGCUCACAGUUCCUCCCUAGAGGAUUGCUGGUUUCCUAUGAUUCGUCACUGGCGAAAACUUUUCUCAAUGACUACACGAGGAACCUCGCUGAAUAUAUGUAAGUAUCCUGAACAACGUAUCCAUGAACGGGUACACCUGUAGCUACUGCUACUAUUCUCGAAAUAAUUCCAACUAUAAUAAUAAGCCUUGAGCCAAAACGAACAUAAAGAUGACGGUCCAUUGACUCCGUUUUUUGUACGAUUCAAUAGAAACGAAACGAAUUGUGCAGCCACGAUGAAUCGGCAUAGUAGCUCUCUCUAGAGGUUAGUGGCUUCAUGAAUGAAGAUGUCGUUGCUGCUUAUGUAGAGAAAUAACAUCGAGUCGAUCCUAUGGUUGUCCAUAAAUUAUGUCUUCUACUUCAUUUUUCUAUUUUUCAGAAUAUCUAUUGAUGAUUCUUUCUGUUGGUUGUUUACCUGUACGACUGGAUAAGACCGAUGAAAUCUCUCACGAAAUUGUAGAAUAAUUUUAUAUCAUUUUAAUCAAUUGAGUUUACAAAAUAAUUUUUUAAAUUGUAAAUUAUAGAUUGAAAAUAGGUUAGAUUACAGACGAAAUAUAGUGCAUAUAUAAUGCUUCUUCAUAUCACAGAAAUUUAUUUCUUUGUUACUUUUCGUAUCGUAUGUAAUAUUAUUGAUGUGAUAUCGUUAAUACUUUCGACAAUUAAAAUUUAGUAAUAAAUAUAUAUAAAAAAAUGA